GCGCCGGCGCCGAGCGCAGCCAUGGGCAAGAGCCGGGCGCGGCGGUUCCGCAGGGCGCCCGCAGCCCCCGCCGGGCCCGCGCAGCAGCGCGGCGGCGAGCGCGGCCCCGAGGAGGAGGCGGCGGCGGAGCUGCUGGAGAAGCUGCAGCAUCCAAGUGCUGAAGUGAGGGAGUAUGCCUGUGCCAGUAUUUCCAAGCUGUUGCAGCAGAAGCAUGUUAUCCCAGCCUUUGUGCAGAGGGAUGUGGUGCGCUGUUUGGGGCCCUUGCUGAUGGAUCACAGUUUGGGUGUUCGGGAAACAGCUGCAGGUGCUCUCAGAAAUCUGAGUGCUUGUGGAGGAUUUGAUGUCUGUGAUGACAUGGUGACAUCUGACAUCAUGACACCCCUGGUUGCACUUCUGAAAGAGUGCAGCACUGGACUGGAUGUGAACCAGCUGUCUCCACAGAAAUGCAGAGGGAUGAACAAAAAUUAUAUUGAAGACAUAGCCAAUGAGGCUAUUAAUUUGCUGUGGAAUAUAUGUGAAUGCAACAAUACUGCCCUAUACAUAUUCAAUAAAGAAGGAUGUCUGGAGGCUGUGUUACAUUACAUGAAGAAAUUUGCUACAAAUGUGGAUCUGGCUAUUUCAGUAGCAAACUGCUUGCAGGCAGUGACAGAAGAUAAUCCAGAACUUCUUUCUUCAUUUAAUGCUUCUGCACAACAAAUACUGGAAACAGUGAUGUUGUGUCCAGAGAGCACCAUGAAGCACAUCCUUCUGAGAACACUGAUAGCAGGCACUAUCUGGAAUAUAAAGGAUACCAUUCCACCAGGCAGCUUGGGAAGCACAGUUAAUGCAAUCCUGAAGAUAUUUUCAGAAUCACUGGCAAUAGAUGCUGGUGAAACAAUUAUUCGUAUGAAUGAAGCUGAAAAAAACAGGUUAAAACUUGAUGUGGAAGCAGAAACUGAGGAAAGCAUGAUUGAUACUUCAGAAAAUUGUGUUUUGAGUGAAGAUGAUAACAUGGAAGAAAUACCAAAGGGAAAACUCAGAAGAGAAAAUGACGUUUCAGAUUUACUUCCAUCUGAUAAGUGGGAACUGAAAGAAGUGACAGCUUUACUGACGGCUCAGCAGACUGCUCUGGAAAUCAUUGUUAAUAUGUGCUGCAGUGAAGAUCCCUCUGAUGAUGAGUGGGAAGAACUCUCCAGCAGUGAUGAGAGUGACUUGUUCAUGGAGAACUCUUACAAUGAGGGGAGUGGGCUGCUGCUGUCACCCUUGUGCCUCUCUGAUGAGGUUAACGCAGCAUUUCUGAACAACCUCAUACCAAAGAAGAUUCUUGAAAAAACUGCUUUUCCGAACACUGUUGCUCUAGACAUCUGUAUGCACAAUCCGUCUUGGAAACCAUUAAUUAAAAAACUGAAUACCGUGCAGUGUAGAGCUUUAACAUGUCUUCAGAGCAUUUUGUUGGUGUCAGAUGUGGAUUGUCUUGGGGGAGCUUCAGCACUUCAGUCCCUUGCACAGCAUCUCUCACAGCUGACCUUUUCUAAAAAAGAACUCCCUACAGACACAGAAUUCCUGGAAGCUGUAACCAGUGCUUUGAGGGCUCUCCUACAAACAAUGGCAUCAAAGAACAUCUCCCAGUGUAUGACUCCUGAGCAGCUCUUGGCUUUAUGUGAAGCUGGUAUUCAAAGCAGCAAUGCCAGUGUUAGAGUGAAUGUGGUGAGCAUCCUUGGAAUUUCUGGCAGUGUCCUGGCAAAAGGGCAAGAUACAGCUGAAACACUAAAGAUGAUUGGAAAAUUUCUUCUUGAGGUUGCCAUGAAGGAAUCAUCUCUUGUGGUAGCAGGGGAAGCCUUGGAUGCACUUUUUGAUGUAUUUGCAGAUGGUAAAGAAGCAGAAAAUGCAGCGUUACAGAUCAAACUGCUUCCAACACUGAAGGAAUUUCAGCCAGUGUUUAGAAUGAGGAUGCGAAAAGAAGGAAAAGGACAAUAUAGUACAGAUCAACUGUGUGUUCUUGAUAAUGUGAAGAUGAAUUUGAGAAGAUUCAUUGCAUAUCAGGAGACACUAGGGAAAACCCCAACUUGAAACAUCGAGGAACUUUUAAGGUUUUCUUUAUUAAGAAAUGUUUUCAAAAAAUAUAACUAUUUUGAGCUUCCAAAGUUUACUGAGCAGAGCAGUUUUGCUUUGAUAUUAAUGCUACAUUUAAGACAUUCAGUAUUUUUAUACUUUUGGGUUGAUGCAAAUAUGAAAGACAUAUCGGCAUCAAAAAACCCCGUAGCAUACCCUGAGAUUGUUGGAGUGAUAAGAAGGUGUCUUUAGGUCCUGAGGUCUGUACAUAGCACCACUGUUGUUACCUGGAUAUUUUCAUGUACCCUGGCAGAAAACUACACUUGCGUGCAAAAGUAAUUCUGAAAAUAUUCUUGGUCAUGUGACAAAUUGGAAAAGGAAAAAAAGCAAAAGCUCAAGAUCUAUUUCAGGGAAUUGAGCAGUGGGAGAAGGUUCAUAUUUGCUGUUUGUUCUUACCUGUUCCUAGAGUUGCACAGGCACUUAUGGCAGACUUCCCAAAAGAAUUGUGUGAUAAAUGUGUAGAUUCCAGUCAACACUUGGAUCUGAUAUUUCAUGAGGAGAAAAUUUUCAGAUUCAUUUAUGAUAAAUGCAGUAUGAUAGCUUUUUGAUGUGAAAAUGAGUGUAAGCAGAUCCUACACUUAGACACAGCUCCCUGUCUUUAUUUUGAUUGGUAUUUCUGAAAAUUAAGUCUUCUAUUUUACAGUCUUCCUUGUAAUUCUACAUCAGGAUGAGCUUGAAUUCAGGGAAGUACUAAAUCUAACAAAGUAUUUUUUAUACUGAGGUAUUACCUGAAGUAAAUUUAUAUUUGCUUAGAAUACCUUUUGCAAAUAUUUGUGAUGGAGAUUUUUAAGCUGUAAAAUACAGAAAAUAUUUUUUAAAAAUAUCACUGAUUCAAGAAAAUUGUAUGCGAGUUUCCAUAUAUCAAAAGCUUUGGUAUUGUUUCUGUGAUUGAGGUCCUCAUACAUGUUUUUCAAGAAAAAAAACCCUGCAACUAAUCACAAAAGCAUUUUGUUUUGCUGUUUUUUUUUGGAAUGGGAGGUUUUUUCUCCUCUCUUUCAAUGUGCUGCCUUAGCUCAGGCAUACAGUUUCUGGCAAAAUUUUUCCCAUGUUAAAAGCAUGGAACUUAAAAAGACUGAAUUUGCUUGGUUUGUUAGAUUUCAGUCUCUAAGAUUGGAAAGUAGACUUGAGAACUGACUGGUAACUUGCAAAUGACUGACUUUCUGAAAUCCUGACAAGGUAUUUUGUCAAAUGCAAGAGGAAGCGAAAGAUGAGUUGAGGCAGCUGAUGCCUGGAAGUGCUGUUACUGCUGUUACUUUAUAGGAGCCAGAUGAAAUGUGUGAUGUGAUGCCUGCUAAUCAAAGGAGGGAGAAGGCAGGAUUGGGAGGGCUCAAGGGCCAUUGAGGCUGGACUAGAGAAAACCAGAAGUCAAGAGCAUGGAGCAGUUGAGAGGUUAUCCAGGGAUUUGGCAGGGAAGGCAGUGAAGAGGUCUGGAGUGUAACAGCUGAGGAAAGGUGGAUUAUGGCAUAAUACCCUACAGUGUGUGGAUUUUAAUCCUGGUGUUAGCUAUACUUACUGUACACUGAGGGUAGUAUACUAUUAGCCUGAUAAAAGGUAUUAUUACUAUUUGUUUGGAGCACUUAAAGGACUUCCACGUGCAAAGUGCUGCUUUCAUUUUCUGGGUGCUACAUUGAAUUGUAGGAUGUUCUAGAUUGGAGGGGAUCUCUAAAGGUCUCUUAGUUUAGUCCUCUGAUCAAAGCAGGGCUGACUUGUGAGACAGGUUGAGCUAGGCCUUGAACAUCUCCCAGAAUGGAAAUUAUACAACUCUGAACAGCUUUUUCCAGGGCUUGACUGACUGCUCUCAUGGAAACAGUUUUUCUCCCUUUUCCCCUUGUGCCUUGUAGGACUUUCCCCUGCUGCAAAAUGUGCCUCUUGUCCUUUGACUGCACACCACCAAGGAGAGCCUGGCUCCAUGUCCUAACCCCCACUUAGCAGCUGAAAACAGCAAUUGUAUCUCCUUCUUCUCCAGGCCAAAUAAACCCAGCUCCCUCAGCUGUUUCUUGUAUUCCCUCUCACCCUCCAACCAUCUCAGUGGCCUUCUGCUUGACCUGCUCUACUGUGUCUUGUACUGAGUGCCCAAAACUGGAUGCACUACUCCAGAUGUGAACUAGGUGCUGAACAGAGGGAAGUAAUUGGUUUUCUUGUCCUGCUGCCCAUGCUCCUGCCAGCACAGCCUGUUAUUUGUUAGCUGUUGUCACUGCAAGCGUGCUCUGCUGCCUUCAACUUACUGUCCACCAGGACCCUUUGGUCCUUCUCUCCAAGGCUGUCCUUUGAUCAUCCAGUCAAAAGUACUGUCCCAAAUGUAGGACUUUGCAUUUUACAAGUGUAGCAGCCAGAAUCUGUUUCCUGGGGACCAUUAGAAAACCAAAGUAUGUUAAUUUUUUAUUCUGGGCUUUUCUUUUAGGUUAUAAUGACAAGAAACAUUUAAUCUACAAAUACAAAUCUGAAAGUUGGAGAUAAAUACACAGAAGAUAGAAGCAUAUACACAUAGAAACAUUAUUUUCUUUAUAAUCAGUUAGACCCAGGGUUUUUUUUUUCCUUCAAGUGGAAAAAACAGACUGACAUUUAGAUCCUAAGCUAUUCUGGCAAUAGGAAUGCACAGAUUAUCUUUUUGCUAUGUACUGAUCAGCUGAAUGUUUUGAAAAAAUAUUUUCAUAAUGAGAUUGGUGCAUAGUACAAACCAUAUAAUUUAUAGAAGAUUGAUGAAUCUAUGGAAGACAAGGCAAGUUAAAUGAUUUAAAGAAGUGACAAAUCAGGGAGUAAAACCAGAUGAGACACACUGGCACAAAAGAGCUAAGCUACAAGAUUGGGUCUACAAGGUUAUGCUGACACAACUAAGGAAAAUUAAGGCAGCAGCAGAAGUUAUGAUAAUGUGCAAAUUAAAUGUUUUGGGGGCUCUUUGAACACUUGUUUAUUUAAUAGGUCUAGGUAAGCUUCAGACAAAGACAAAAUCCUUUACAGAUCUUGAUACUUAGAGGGUGGCAGAAAUUUGACUUAUGUAGCCAGUGUGUAGCAUAAGUAAAUAGAUACUAAAUAGAUGUAAGUGAUCUUCAUCAGUUAAUCUAAUCACAAAGAAAAGACUGGAAUCAAAACAGGUAUCUGAAUUGGGUUGCUUAUUCUGGUCCCUAAGGCAUCAUCUGUCUGCUUCAGUUAAAAACCGCAGUCCUUGGAAGGUAUGGAUUGCUGCUCUGCUUGUGUCUCUGAGGCUGAGCACAACAGACUGGCUCUGAGCUGAGCUGUAAUGCCAAAACAGGUGCUGAAUUUACCUUGGGCUGUGCUGUCAAGUCAAGAGUGUGAAAGAGGCUGUGGGUCCUCUGCCCUGUUCAGGAGCAGCAGGACCUCUGGCAUUUUCUACUGCCUUGGUCUCUGCAGCCUGCAAAAUGUUCAAUUCCCAGCUGUGGAAAUAAGGAAAUAUCACUUGUGUGGUUUUAUUCUUGCUCUCUAUGAAAAGAAACAAGUGGGGCAAGAUUUGAAUGUGCAUUUGUUGUUUAUACAUCGAGCCUUGACAUUCAGAAGCAGAAGAUUGCUGUGUACCCCAGUCAAGUCAAUAGUUUAACUUUUUGGGGCUAUGGUAUGUGUUGAAUGUAAUUUUUUGCACAGCAUGGGCUAUUUUUUUUUUUUUUAAGAUUGUCUUCUUAGAAAGAACAAGAAUAACUUCAAGAAUAACUUCAGUACUAUUUGGGUUGGUUUGAUGUUUGUAUUUUGAGAGACAAAUAAAAAAAAUGAGAGCACAGUGAAAUUACAAAGUGAAAACUGCAUUGGAGAACAAAUGAAUUUCAAAUUAGUUUUUAAGUAUUGGUUUAAGUAUUAAAAAUGAAAUUCAUAUCUUGUGGAAUAUUAACAUAAAACAACCAAAUAAAAAUGCCCAUAAACUCAAGUUGUUUCCUUAGUGAGGGAUUUUCAAUAAAAAAAUUCCUGAGGAUUGGACAGAAAUGUCUAGCUUUACAUUUACUGUUGAAAAUUCCAAUUCAGGCAAUGGUCGUGGUAAUUGAAAAUCAUGUAAUUAUUCCUUUCUGGCUCAAGUGACUUGAGCAAACAAUAUAUAUAUAGUUUGUUCUGGACAAGCUCUUAAGAUAUAUAACUUUAAGGUAAUUGGCAAAAUCUGAGGUUUCUUACAGCAAAAUAAGGAACUUGAAGUUUUUCCACCAGGGCUGACACAUGGUGAGCCUUUCUGUUUGAAGAAGCUUUUACUUGAGUGAUGGGGUUUUUUUUGGUCUAAUUUUCAGAUUAUUUAAAACUGUUCAUUUUUGUACCUUCUGAGAAAAAAACGAAGGCAUUUAAGUCAAUUCACUUUAAUUUUGUUUCUGUGUAAUUUUUGUAAGUUUCAGCUAGUAAAUGCAAGAUGCUUCCAAAUGACUCUUCCUGGGAAUUUCCCUUUUUAAUAAAUAAAAGAAUUAAAAUUCAAAGUGGUGAUCAAAAAAACCCAAUUUGACCAUAUUAAAGUGUGGGUUUUGUUUUUUAUACCCCCAUGAUAUACUUGGUAAUCUAAAGCAUUUGUGUAGCUACACCACCUGUAUUUUGUCUUGGCUAUAUUUGCUUGGCACUAGGGUUGCUACUGAGGAAUCUUGUAAAUUAAUAAACCUCAGUCCUAAAACAAAACUUGUUGGCAUUUACAUGCUAUGAGUGUAGGCUAAAUCAUGGAUUUUUGUGGAACUAGCUUCAUUAAAAAGAAAAGGAAACAAAUCAGUUAUUUUUCCUGUUAGCUGUUAAACCUUCUUGAGGGUAAUGUGGAAUCCUUUAUUUGACUUACACUUUUCUUUGUUGUUUUAAAAAAAGUUUAUUAAUUGAAACUUUUUAAUCUUAAUGUUUCAUGUGCAGGGAACAUCAUUUAGACUCAUCUUUUUACAUUUUCCUGCUACACUUGUAAUUGUCAGAAUAACUGAAAAAUGUGGGGUUUGGAAAAUAUCGUUAUUCAUAAAGGUUAUUCCCCAGUUCCAAGAUCUGUUCAAGUCCCGCCAGUUUCCAUUUGGCUUUCAGUAGUAGUUUUAGGUAUAAGUCCUAAUUUUCAAAACAAAUAAGUUUGUCAACUCAACUCCAAAUUUCACCCUCUUGCUGUGGUUAAUUUUCUCUUGAGCAAUGCAGAUCAGACACCCUGUGACACAACAGAGGACUGCUGAGGACAGUAUGUUCUGCUCUGGGAUGGUGGGGAGAAGCCAGAACUUAAGUCUUUGGUUGUCACCAGGAAAUGGUGCUAAGUAUUUGCAAACUGUUCACUUCGUGGAAUGCUUGAAAUUGGAAUGCGACUUUUUAAUUCUAAAGCCCCCACCUCCAGCUUCCGAAAGAGAAAUAUUCUCCCAUGCAAUUCAGAAAGUGGGGGAAGCACCAGGCCCUUCGUGCAAAAUGCUGGAAACUUUGUAGCUGAUAUUAAAGAUGUUUUAAGGCUGUAGUAUGAAAACAUUAAAAAUAAAACCGAGUCUGACAAGAA